AUGUGGCAGUCACGACUGCUGAGAUGGUCUGUUCUGGGAAUUUGCUGGACCUCUUAUAUUUUUUAUCGUGGCUGCGUAAUUGGGCAAAUAAAAUUCGAUACGGAAAAGAAAAAGCUGAUUAUCCAGCCUCGCAAUAUCUGGACCAAGAGAAUAGCACUGUGUCUGAAGAUUAUAGCGUUCUCACUUAACUAUUUUGGCAUUCCAUAUUUUUCGAUAGCGUUUGUUCUAUUUCUUCCAAAGGAGCUCUCCAAAACAAUGUUUUCUGCACCAAAAUUCUUUGAAAUUCUUUUGAGUUCGGUCAUCAUGCAACUAAGUAUUAUCAAUACUAUACGCUUGUGUUACUGGAUGAGUAGUCCGCCCUGGAAUCGAUCCUUUGUGGGUCUCGUCAAUGACGUGAUAGAUAUAACCAAAUUGAUGGAAGAUACAGUGGGACCUCUUUACUUGGAAGGUAUUUCCUUGCUGAUCCUGCACACAUUUCAGAUCGGUUUGACUAUACUGCAGAUCGUGGGCUACACCCGAAUGCAGUUUCACAUCUUCUCGCUUUACAACCUUCUGCUGGAAUUGUUUUUCAACUUAUUUGUGGUCUACCAGUUGCUGCUUUUGUCUUGGAUAGCUGCUUUUAGCCGUUUCUUAAAGAUCUAUCUGCAGGAACGUAAACUGACUAAAAGAAAGGGCUUACAAGUUCUUCAGCUGUUUCGUCUUUAUUCACGGAUCAGCAAUGUUCAUAGGAGUAUCCAGCUGAUAUGGCUCCCGGUGAUCGGUAUGCUCUUCUCCGACAUUUUGUUGCUAGUAAGCAGUUGGGCAUUUAUCAUCAAAAGCAUAAUUUUCAACCGCUGGAUCACAAACGAAAGUCUUGAUAGGAAAUAUUGGAUAGCCGCUUUGGGUGCUCAGGCCUCUUUUUUUAGGAUUUUAUUAAUUGGUCUGGGCAAUGAUCGAUUGGCCCUUCUGCAGUGUUUCCUUAGAUUGCAACUCCUGGUCAUCGAUUUGAGCUACUUAACGCAUGAUCAGCAGGAUCAGAACUUCGACUGGGAUGUCAAGACUUUGCAAUGCUGUUUUGAUCUACAAUUGAGAGUCCAGCCGAUCAGGAAUCGAAUAAUAAGCGUUUAUCAGGAAUGCGGAUGCCCAUUUGUACUUGACUUUUUUUUUUGCACACUGAUCAACGCUUUGUGCUGUGCACAGUAUGGAAUGUCCUUUGACAUCCAUUCUUUAAUUUUUUCUGAUGUUAUAAAAUAG